CUCUCGUCGCCAUUCGUUAUGACGCCUCUUCCGAUAAUCCUCGCUUCUUCUCCUCCGCGUAACUUAUGCAAACCCAUCAGUUCUCGAAUCCUAGAUUCCGAUCAAAUUCCCAUAACUCCCCCAAAAACCCUAAACUUUUGGCCUUCAUCACAUCUCCAAUCCAAAACCCAUCUCUCUCUCACCGUUUCCCAUCUCAUCUUAUCUUCCCCUGUUCUCGCAUCAGAACCCUUCCCCACAAUCUCCGAUCAAUCAACUGGGAGAAUCGAUCUGGAGUCGAUUCUGAUCUCAAUCGAUAAUUUCUUCAACAAGUACCCGUUUUUCGUGGCGGGAUGUACAUUCAUGUAUCUCGUGGUGUACCCGGCGGUGAUUUUCUACCUGAGGAAGUAUAAACCGAUAUCCGCCAUUGAUGCGUUUCGAAAGCUUAGAAACCAACCCGAUUCGCAGCUUUUGGAUAUCAGAGAUGAAAAGAAACUGGCCUCUUUGGCAUCACCGAAUCUCAAGUUUCUGGGUAAGAGCUCGGUUCAGGUUCCGUAUAGUGAAGAUGACGAGUCAGGGUUCUUGACGAAAGUCAAAGGAAGCUUCUCUGGUCCGGAGAAUACAGUUGUUUGUAUUCUUGACAAUUUUGAUGGUAACUCCAUGAAAGUGGCUGAAUUGUUGAUCGAGAAUGGCUUCAAAGAGGCUUAUUACAUUAAAGGCGGCGCGAGAGGGAAGAAGGGUUGGUUGGCCAUUCAACAAGAGCUUUUGCCUCCACCUGUGCAUAUGUAUUCAGAGAAAACCGCAAAAUCUUCAAACAACAACGAAGCGUCCUUGUCGGAACUGAAAACUGAUGCAAGGACAUAG